CAUAAUACAUAGGUAGAUAUAGAUAUAAUAUAGGUUUGGUUUCUAUUCAACUACUGCCACCAUACCCAAUCCAGAAGAAGUUGUUGCCUGUGAAGGAUGCCUUCAGCUGCGAAUGCAAAGUCUGAAAAACCAGCUUCUGCGGAAGCUACGGAUAAUUCACCAAUACGACAGAUAAUGACCAUUAUUGAACAUAAAAUCCGGAACUUGGAAAAAAGGAAGGGCAAAUUAACAUCGUACCGUGAUUUGCAAAAAGCCGGUAAGGAAUUAAACAGUGAUCAAAAGGAAGCGGUGGCCAAGUAUGAUGAGGUGGUUAUAACCCUAGAGUUCGCUAGAGACCUCUCGAAACAAGUGGCUUUGAUAGCUAUAGCGUCAGAACGUGAAGCCAAGAAACAAGCUAAGAAGGAUGCCUGGGUUCGUUAUACGGCAGACACGAAUAAAAUACGUGAGGUACUCCUUAUAUUGGACUGCCUCAUGCAGCUGGGUAACACGGAAGUUAGAGACGACUUCCUUAAUGGUACCAAUGGUGCAGUGAAAUUAACUGAGGAGGAUUUAAAAAUCUUAGAUAACUUGUAUCCUGAAGUGACCCCUAAACAUGAAGUGAAUGAAGAAGGCCAGCCUGGUUUUCAUGCGUAUACAAUAAAAGCUGCGGAACAUCUGUAUGCUAUUAUUGAUGGAAAACCCAAAGAAGUCCUCGGCACCACAUAUGCCCAUGUCAAGGAAAUAGUCACGGCUGUACAUGAGUGUGGGUACUUUGAUAAAUCAGCUGAUGUUAUCCCUGAACCAGAGGAGAUACAGAAUGUGUGUGAAGAAGCACCAGAACAGACGGAAGAAAUUGAGGAGUCUGAGCCUGCUCCAAUGUAUGCGGCCCCUGUCCCUAUGUCAGCCCCACCGGCAGCCGUAGUUCCUGCCCCAGGAUACCCACUAAGACCGAUCCCCCCCAUCACCCUUCAAGAAAUUGAGAAUGCUUAUUUCUCACAACAAUAUCCCCAACAAAGGCCUAUAUCUGAAGUGAUAGGCUCCCAAAACUUCUUCUUCCUACAAGAAUCUGAGAUUGACAGUCCUGUAGGAACUCCACAACCUCCACAGAUCAUGAACCAGCCUUCUCCGCCAGGACCUAUCCCAACACAGACAUUUACUAAUCAACACUUUGUCCAACUGCCUGGAGGUCGUGUUCCUGAACCUGGAACCAUUCCAAUGCCACCUCAACCUCACUUCCCCCCUCAUCCAGACCACGCGGCUUAUCAAGUUCCGAUUCCUCAAAUCCAUCCCCAACCUCACCACGUUCCUCAGUCAAUCCCUCAACCGAUGCAACACAACCAACCGAUCCCACAUAUCGAGCAACAACCCAACUUUGAGCAGGAAGAAUUGAAAGUUAUAUCACCCGUCGAAGACAAACCAGAAGACGAAGUAAAAGAAAGCGCCAGCCCGGAAAGAGAAGAUGGAGGGGAACGAAAAACACAAGGGCAGGGGGACGGACAGAACCGGUUUAGACGGUACCGGGGUAACGGGAGGGGCUCGUCCAACGGAUUCAGAGGUCGAGGAGCUUACACGAACAGGCAGAGCGAAGGAUACCACCCUAGACACAACGACUACCAGAACAGGAGUAACAAAGAGAGUUAUCAGAACCGCCAGUACAACGACGGUUACCAGAACAGGCACGGCAAAGACAACUACCAGAACAGAAGCGGAAAUGACUACUACGGCAACGGAGACAACGGGGACUCCCAUCAUAACGAGAACGGCUUACGUUAUAACGACAACUCCAGCUACCAGCCAGGGUUCAAGAGCCGCGGCAGAGGAGGCCCCCGCGGAGGAACACGCGGCGCCCCACGCACGCCGCGCACGAACCAUCAGUACAACCGUAAACAGGAAAACGUGGAAUAGUACGUGAACGGUCGAACCUCGGACUAAAUCAUUCGCGAAAGGCAAAUUUCACCGGCAACAACGCUGUGGUAACAAACAAGAGAUUACGCUAUAUAAAAUAAACAAAUGAAAAAAAAUAUAUAAAAAAAAAGUAAAAUAAAGAAACUGAAUAAAAAAUAAGUUACUUGAAUUUAGAUGUACGAUAUAUGCGUUUAUUGUAAGUUACGUUAAAUCUAGAUUCUUGUAUAGUCGUAGCGACGCGCCGCGGCUCGGCCGUCGUCGAACCUCGUACGUGCCUCGUACUCGUGAUAAUUUAAGUACUGGAUAAAAAUAAAACAUGACAAAUACCCUAGACCGGGGACCCUUUCCAAAUCUCAUCGACUUUUUUUAUACAGUUCGUUUAAAAAUUGCAAUUAUAUGUGUUGAGAUGAGCCAUGUUUUUAUUUAUCAGCUGCCUCGUACAGAACAGGUUUUAACUGUGGUUUGGUGGUUGGAAUGCGUCUUUUAAUUUUGCUACUUAAUGCUAUUAUUACAAAAAUUUUCUUUUUUUAAUCUACUUAUAUGAUUUUAUGUAUUUCAAUUGUAUCGAUUUCCCUGAAACAAAGAUCUAAUCUCAUGCAGACGAAUACGAGAACCGUUGCUAAGAUGGUAUUGGUAUUUAUUUUAAACUAUCCCUCUUUACUUCUACAUUGUUCUCACUAAGAGGCUGUGUGCAAGCAAAUUAAAGUAUUACAUGAUGA